AUGAGUGCUGUGUUCGCCGCCUGUGGGCUGCUGGUCUCGCUGUCUGCUGGGCUGUUGGCAGUCGCAGCCUGGCUGUGGGCCACCCGCUGCCGGACUUCGAUCCCAGGACCCCCGACACUGCCGCUGCUGGGAAACGCGCUCAGCUUCUACAAGAUGCCCGUGCUGGUGGGCCGCCUCACGGAACUGCACAAUCGCUACGGAGACAUCUUCAGGUUGCACUUGGGCCCGAAGCUGCUGAUCGUGCUGACACAGCCGGAAGACGUGCAGAAGGUGCAGGUGACCAGCAAACCGCAAGUACGCGAUCCGCACGCCACACAGUUCUUACGCACGUUCAUGGGAGACGGGCUGCUCUGCGUCAACGGUGACAAGUGGAAAAGGCACAGAAAGAAAAUCGAACCGGCCUUUCAUACAGAAGAGCUGGAGAAAUUCAUGGGGAAAUUCAACCACAUUGCAUACUUGUUGGGCGAGCGGCUGGCAGAGAGGAAAGGAGAAGAGGUGGACCUAUACCACCCACUCGUGCUGAGUACCGUACGUGCGGUGUUCGCCACUCUUUACGACCUCGACCUGGAAAGCAUCUACCCAGAUCGGCGCGGUCAGGAUGAGGUGGUUGAUCUAUUGACCGAUUUCGGAAAAGCUGUAUCGGCAAGAACACUAGCCAUUUCUGGCGUCGAGACCACUUCUUGCUCGAUGGGCUACAUGCUGUGCCUGCUGGGACUCUACCCGGAGUGGCAGGACAUGGCGCACCGCGAGCUGGACGAGCAUUUCGGAACUGGCGGCGACUACUUACGACCUGUUACCACUGCAGAUCUUUCCCAGCUUAAAGUCAUCGACGCCAUUAUAAAGGAGAGUGGGAGGCUGAUGACAACGGUGCCCUUCAUGCCGUACCUGGUGACCGAGGACACACCGCUGGCUGGUGGCCGGCACGUCGUUCCCCAGGGCAGCACGGUGCUGAUCUCCUACUACCUGGUGCACCGCCACCCCGAGCUCUUCCCGGAGCCGGACAAUUUCGACACCGGCCGCUUCCUGGAGGGUGGCAGCGCCACGUCCAGGAAGGCCUACAGCUACAUCCCCUUCGGCGUCGGCUCGCGCAAGUGCGUGGGCGCCCGAUAUGCCGUUCUGCAGAUGAAGGUCCUCCUGGUGACGGUUCUACGGCGCUACCGCAUACUGCCCGGAACGACCAGGGAGCAACUGGAAGAGAGUGUGCUUUCAAUAAUAGCCCAUCCAGUCACUGGUUUCAGAGUCACUUGCGUCCCACGAGACAACAUGCCUUCCAAUUCGGUGUAA